AGGCAUCUUGUUUGAACUUCGUUUCCCAGAACCCCCUUCGGUUAAACCGUUUGACAAGCGACAGACGCUUCACGUCACAGUCUGUAGCUAGUAGCUGGUACAGUAGAGUUGUUAGCUAGGUUAGAUAGGUGUUGCCUGAGGCGGCAGGAUGGGUGUAUCAGAUAUACAGUUAGAUGCAAAUGCUGGACCUGUGGUGGAUCUUUCAGCCCGGGGUAUGCAAAAGCUGGACCCGAGUUUCACCUGCACCGAGGACACUCACACUCUCAUCCUGGACCGUAACCACAUAAUGAAACUGGACCAUCUGGAAAGGAGCCCAGGCCUUCAGCAGCUUUCUGUAGCCAGUAACCGUCUGGUGCGAAUGAUGGGCGUCUCUCGGCUAACAGAGUUGACCGUCCUCAAUCUUCCCAAUAACAGUAUUGGAUACAUCGAGGGGCUCAGAGAUCUGCCACACCUCAAAUGGCUCAACCUGUCUGGGAACAAUAUUAAGGUCAUAGAGCAACUCAACAACUGUGUUUCCCUCCAACACUUGGAUCUGUCUGACAAUAAUAUAUCUACCAUUGGUGAUGUGACUAAACUGGUGUCAUUAAAGACACUGUUACUCCAUGGAAACAGCAUUACAACACUUCGUACUAUUCCUGCUCACCUACCUGCCCAUUUAUCCAUUCUCUCCCUGGCAGAAAAUGAGAUAAGGGAUCUUAAUGAAGCGUCAUACCUGACACCUCUCCAUGAACUGGAGCAGCUGUCCGUUAUGAGCAACCCUUGCGUUAUGGCAACUCCCUCAUUGCCAGGUUUUGAUUAUCGGCCGUAUGUCAUGAGUUGGUGUCUGAGCCUAAAGGUUCUGGACGGCUAUGUAGUGUCACAGAAAGAAGGUCUCAAAGCAGAGUGGCUCUACAGUCAGGGAAAAGGACGUUCAUAUCGACCAGGUCAGCAUGUUCAGCUGGUUCAGUACCUGGCCACUGUCUGUCCUCUGACGUCAUCACCGGCCCUGGAGACGGCAGAAGACGCCAAACUGGAGAAGAUCCUCAGCAAACAGAGGUUUCACCAGAGGCAGCUGUUAGAGGCGAACAGAGGAGGCUGUCCCAGCCCUCCUCGUCCAACUCAGCUAGAUGUGGAGAGGCACAGUCCCUCACAUCCAGUCCCACAGGGCGAAGCCAGAGAGGUGAAGCAAAUCAGCACACCUACACCAGCUGCUGCUCCAUCAGUCCGGGAGACUGAGCCAGUUGUGCAGUUUAACACCUGGAUGAGCUGUGAUUCUGCCCACCCAUCACUGCCGGUGGUUCGCAGCCCAAGGCUCAGAAAGGAGCACAUCUAUUUGGAGGAUGUGCAGACAGAUGAGGAAAAACUCAACGGCAGCAUGCUCUCCUCAGAGUCCACCUUUCUCCCCUUCACAUCCAAUCUGGAGCCACAAACAACCCACUCUGACAGCGAGGACGAGACAGAGACAUUUGAACCCGAUUCCCUGGCUCCAAUGCGGCCAGCGCAGCCCAAGAAGCACAGCACAAACAAGACACAUCAUCAUUCACUUCCAGUGCAUAAGCAAGAUAUGGGUCUUGAAGAGGAAGUUAUUUCUGGUACAGCCACAACAGCUGAAUCACUAGGCGUCAGAGUUAGCACACCACAAAAUGAUUUGGAAGCAUCUUCUGACUCCGGUGAAGCAGAGAUGAAAGAAGCCUCAAAGCAGGCAAACAUUGGUGUGUGUGCCAGUAAAUCAAGUGUGAUGGAAGCAGACAGGGCAGCGGUUAAAAUACAAUCAUGGUGGAGGGGACAGCACACUCGCUGUUGUCACCCCAUGGCCAGAGAGGUGCGCAGUGAAAUCCGCCUGCGCAGGAUGCAAGAACACAUCCUCUACCUGUCUGGGACGUUGGACAGGGUGCAGCAACAGUAUGAAGAAGAGAGGUUACAAAGGCUGGUUCAAGAGGAAGCUGUAAAGUUUCUGUGGAAACAGCUCCAGUCUAUGCAGCAGUGGAAGCAGUCUGUGGAGCAGCAGCUGGCUAGCAUUAGUCAGGCUGUCACGCCGCCUCAGAUCUCAUCUCCUGGACUAUGCGUGGCCGCCCCGCCUUUUACAUCCAACACGACGAACCCACCCAGCACAGACCUCUCGUUCCCAGACUCCGGCUUCCAGUCAACACGCGAUCAGGAGGCAGCAGCGCAGGAGGACAGCUUCCUGAGCAGUGGGACAGCAGACUCUCUGAAGACGGUGCGAGCGCUGAGCCCCGUUCACAGCGGCUUUGCCGGUGUUAGCGACGGUGUGGACAGCGCGGACUGCAGCCUACUGGAGCAGUACCUCUCCUCUAUACAGCAGCGGGAGGAGGAGGCGGAGGAGGUGAUCAGUGAUAGAACAGAAACACCACAGCCCUCCUCACCAGUAUCACCGAACAAAACAGCACAGUCCCACUCCCCCCCGCAGAAGGCAGCAGACAACCAAUCAGAAGUGCAAAGAACGAAGGAAACCACUCCUGGUCCUGACUGAGAGCCUUCACCCAACGCAAACCUGUACAGAACUUCUGAAUGUGUGUAAAUUGGCACUGACUGUCACUCAUCUUGAUUACUGAGCCAGAUCUCAAAUAGCAGUGCACUUGGUUUCCUUUGUUUAUCACGCCUGAUCCCAGGACAGGCUUGAAAACAAACACUUUACUGUGAAUAUAACUCUUUUUUUUAAUGCUCCACUACUUGGAUCUGUUCUGUUAUUUAACAUUUUUCUCUCUGUGUGAAGGCAAUGGUUGUGAUGUAGCUUCAGAACAUAUUAGUAACUUGAAAGCUAUCAUUUUAUGAUGAAAAUACACUAAGUAGAUUGCUGCCUCUAUUUAUUAAAAUACCAGACAUGGUAUUCUCUUUAUCAAUAUCCACUGUAAUAAUAAAUACAUGUGAUAAACUGCAAUUAAUCAGAUUAGGAGUUGAUGUGUGGAGAGUAGUGCACUUGUAACCACAGAUAUAUACCUUACACGAAACAACAAGCUUACUAUCACUUAUCACAUUUAAUAGCUGAACUGUUUUUUUUUAUCGACUUUAGAACACAUUACCUGAAAAUGUUGUAGCAUCUUUAUCUUCUUGAAAAACAUGUAAAUAAAUCUGCAAUUAUUAUUUUCCAA